UUACGCCCUUUAGAACGAUACACCGGCAAUCGACACUCCGUUGAAUACUUAUAUUAUACCAAAUUACCGAUGAAAUAUACAUUCCCCCACGGCCGAGACGAAUAUUAAUGUAUUAAUCAUGACCGAAACCCGAGGGGAAAGUUGAUAAGUUAGUUGUUAGUUCAUGUAAGGACGCCCGGGAACAACAAGCAACUCAUUGAACUUCGACUACCUCUGUCUCGUUUUUUCCUGGUCGUGUUUUGCAGAACAGUAAAGUAAUAAAAUGGCAGCCAAUGAUAAAAGUAAAAAGUUUUCACGAUGGUAUUUCGGUGGAAUUGGUUCGGCUGGUGCUGCAUGUUGUACACAUCCACUAGACUUGCUCAAGGUGCAUUUACAAACACAACAAGAAGGAAAAAUUUCUGUUGGCCGUUUAGCAAUGAAAAUCAUCAGAGAACAAGGAGUAUUCUCGCUGUAUACGGGUAUUUCAGCAUCAUUGUGUCGACAACUGUCAUAUUCAACUGUGCGAUUUGGAAUAUAUGAAGUUGGAAAACAAGCAAUGACCAAACCUGGUGAAAACGUUCCAUUCUAUAAAACAGUGUUGUUAGCUUCCGCUGCCGGGGCGGCUGGUGGGUUUGUUGGAACCCCAGCUGAUAUGGUUAACGUACGAAUGCAGAAUGAUGUAAAGUUACCAAUGGAAAACCGCAGAAAUUACAAACAUGCUCUUGAUGGUUUUAUACGUGUUUGGCGAGAAGAAGGGUUUACCAGAUUAUUUUCGGGUGCAUCAACAGCUACAAUGCGUGCUGUUUUAAUGACUGUUGGACAGUUAUCAUUCUAUGAUCAAGUCAAACAAUUAUUAUUAUCAUCAGGUUAUUUUGGUGACAACUCCACUACACACUUUUUAUCUAGUCUUACUGCUGGUGCUGUUGCAACAACUCUAACUCAACCUCUGGAUGUGUUAAAAACUCGAGCAAUGAAUGCUAAACCAGGCGAAUUUUCAGGUACACUCGAUUUAGUUAGAUAUACUGCCAAACUAGGACCGAUGGGAUUCUUUAAGGGUUAUGUUCCAGCAUUUGUGAGAUUGGCUCCUCAAACAAUUCUUACAUUUGUUUUCUUGGAACAAUUACGAUUGAACUUCGGUUACUAUAAAGCAUAGUUUAUUACGAUAAAAAAAUCAUAUUUCUAUGCAAUAUUUUCAUUGGAUAUUUAUGCUAUUGACAAAAUAUUUUAUAUAUUCAUUCUUCAACAAUACUUUACGUGCAAUUAAUACUAGGUACCAAUAUUAUUUUUGUAAAUUAAUGUUGAACAAAUUUUAAUAUAAGAAUUUUGGAGGGGCUAAAUAAUUUAUUUGUAUUUAAGCUGUAAGCAGUGUUCAUGAAUAGCAUUUUUAAUACCUCUAUAUUAAAAAAAUCUAAUACAUUUAAAUAACUUAUAGACUUAUUAACCAAAGCAAUAAGUUUUGCAACAAAAUCAAAAUGUUUGUUUUUGAAUCUAAUGAUAUUAAGGAAAUUAUUUAUAGAUACAUAUUAUUACAAUAACAACAUAGUAAAAUUGUAGAAUUUUCACUUUAUUGAUGCGUAUGAAUUUUCUUAAGAAUCAAUAC